UUUCCCGUAGCUGACAUGGCGACCCCGGCUUCCUUCCAGAGCUCCGACCAGACGUCCCGUAAAAUUCAGAAGUAAAGAGGUCCUUUCUGAAUGCUUUUUUCUGCUUUUCUUUUAUUUAGUUAGGUAAACGGUAGGCCGCGACCCAUACUCGAAUUUGUAGAUGUUCGACUGCGGUCUGACAGGUAAACGCGGCCUUUUGACAGCACGCGAAAUGCCGCCUGUCAGGGCAAGCGUGACAAUUACAACAGGAAGUACCCUGCCUUAGAUUCGCUUCAGGGUGUUCCCUAUUUGGGGAAAGCGAGCGAGAAGGAUAGCGCUAGAUUUAGCUCGCUUUUUGACACCACCCUCAAGACUCGGCUGGGUCAGCCGUCCCGGUCCUGCUCGCGCUUUGCGCAUGCAGCAGAAGACCCUGCUGAUUGGCUGACGGACAGAGCCGACCGGGCGCCGUGAUUGGUGCAUAAGAGUUCUGUUCUCCUUAGCCCGCCGGGGAUGUCUGGGCGCGCGCGCCAGAGAGAGCUUUGAAAGUUAAGGCGAGCGGCAGUCAUGGCGGCGCGGCGGGGCCUGGAGAGCAGCCUUCAGCCCUGGAGCACGCUGGACCUCAGUCCGGAAUGGGUGGAUGCAGUUUGGGAAGUGGAAUUCACGGAGACUGAGCCUCUGGACCCAGGCAUAGAAGCGGAGAUUGAAGAGUCCGGACUGAGGGCAUUCACAGACCUCUAUGAUAGUCUUUUCUCUUUUGCUACUGAAGAGCAUGGAGCUACAGAGAGCAUUUGGACCUUCUUUGCAGAGAACAACAUUUCCCACAAGGCGCUGAUGGCUGUGUUCUAUCACUUUGUUCAGAAAGUCCAUAAGAAAAAUGUCAAUGUGAAGCAGCGGAAAUUUGGCCUUCAUGCUGCUGCGCUUUAUUUUCUGCUGCUGGAAGUACCAGGCAGUGUGGCCAAUCAAGUAUUCCACCCAGUGAUGUUUGACAAAUGUGUUCAGAUUCUAAAGAAGAGCUGGCCUCAGGAAUCCAGCUUGAGCCAGAAAAGAAAGAAAGAACAACCGAAGAACUCUCAGGCCAAUCCAAGGGGGAAUAAGAAGAGAGGAAGGCCGCUCAGGAAAGAGUCUAUGGAGAUGGAUGAAAUUAUUGAAGAACAAGAGGAUGAAGAGAGUAUUUUUUUUUCUGCUUGGGACCUUUGUCAAAUUCGAAAUGCCAUCUUUGACCUUUUGAAGAACUUUUUAAGGCUUCUACCCAGGUUCUCCCUGAAAGAAAAGCCACAAUGUGUACAGAAUUGUAUAGAGGUGUUUGUUGCAUUAACUAAUCUUGAACCAGUUCCUCGUGAAUUUCACGUUACACAAGCCAGAAACCCUAACCAAGCGAAGUACAUACCAGAACUGGCCUAUCAUGGAUUGUACUUGAUGUGCUCCCCAUUUCAUGGAGAAGGAGAUAAGGUCAUCAGAUGUGUCUUCCAUCAAAUGCUCUAUUUGAUAUUAAUGUUGGAAGUGGGUGAAGGCUCCCAUCACGCACCCCUCACCAUCACUGCUACAGUCAUCAAUGGUAGAAACCUGGCAGUCGAGUUUAUCAGUUCACUUGUGGAUGAACUAAAAGAAGGUAUAUUCCCAGUCCUUCGUAUCUUACUCCAGCACAUCUGUGUCAAGGUAGUUGAUAAAUCAGAGUAUCGGACCUAUGCAGCUCAGUCCCUGGUCCAGCUGCUCAACAAGCUUCCUUGUGCGGAAUAUGCUUCUUUCAUUGCCUGGUUUUAUGGAUGUUCACGUAAUCCCAAGACCUCACGCCGAGUAUUCACCCUUGAUGUUGCUUUGGCCCUUCUGGAGCUGCCUGAACGAGAGGUGGAAGGCACUCUGCCCCCAGAGCAUCAGAAGUUCCUGAAGCAUAAGUUCUUGGUGCAAGAGAUCAUGUUCGCCCGGUGUGUGGACAAGGCACCGGCUGUCCGCAGCAAGGCUCUGUCCAGUUUUGCGCAUUGCCUGGAGUUCUCUUCCACAGCUACAUCAGAGAGCGUCCUGGGGCUUCUGAUUGAUAGUGAGUAUGGUCCUACUAUUUCAGGGAUAGAGAGCAAUCGUGACACCUCACUGAAAAAUUCAUCAGCUUUUUCCUAUCAGAGGAAGACGCUUAACCCUUCUGGAAGCUCAGAGGUGAUUAAUAUAGACAACAGUGGUGAAACAGCUGGAUCUAGAGAGAUGUGUCUCAUGACAAUGCUGAAGAGCAGGAUCGGGGAUGAGAAGGCCAAUGUCAGGAAGUCUGCACUCCAGGUCUUAGUGAGCGUUCUGAAACACUGUGAUGUCUCUGGUUUGAAAGAAGAGCUGUCCAUCCUGCAGGACCACUGUCGGGACAUCGCCUUAUCUGUCCGGAAACAGGCGUUGCAGUCUCUCACUGAGCUUCUUGUGGCCCAGCCUAGGUGUGUCCAGAUACAGAAGGCCUGGCUGUGGGGGAUCAUCCCGGCUGUGAUGGACUCUGAGCGUACUGUGCAGGACAAGGCCCUGGAGUGUCUGGACCAGCUUCUGCUGCAGAACAUCCAGCAUCACAGUCAAUUCCAUCAUGAGGACGACAGCCAGGUGCUCACCUGGGCGCUACUGGCACUGCUGAGCACAGAGAGCCAGGAGCUAGGCCGCUAUUUAAAUAAGGCUUUUCAGGUCUGGUCCAAGAAAGAGAAGUUCUCCUCCACUUUUGUGAACAACGUGCUGUCCCACACUGGCAAGGAGCACUGUGCACCAGCCUGGAUGCUGCUCUCCAAAGUUGUUUGCUCCGCACCCACCCUGGACCACACCAAGAUCAUGAAGUCCUGGGAACAAAUGAGCAGGCAGCCAAACCCCAAUGCAGACAUUUUAGGGCACAUCCUGUGUGUUAUUGGGCAUAUUGCAAAGCAUCUUCCGAAGAGCACCCGGGACAAGGUGACCAAUGUUGUCGAGCAAAAGCUAAGUGGAUUCCAGUGGUCACCAAAGCUGAUCAAGCCAGCUGUGGACACUUUGCAGCAUCUCUGUAGAGCAUCUGCAGAGACGCCAGUGGAGGAGCAGAAAUUACUGGCACAGGUGUGUGGGGACAUCCUUUCCACCUGUGUGCACUGCCUCUCCGAAGUACUUCUGAAGGAGGAUGGGACCAGGAGGAUGAAUGAAGACCUGGUGGUGAAGUACAUUUUCACCUUAGGAGACGUAGCCCAGCUCUGUCCAGCUAGAGUGGACAAGAGAGCCUUCCUGCUGAUCCAGUCCAUCCUGGCUGCUUCUCCCAGCACGGACCACUUGCCAGCCUCAGAUCCAGGCGGCAGUGAGGCCACAGCCUCCCAACCCCUCCCAGGGAUCCACAGCUCCAUCAUGCCCUCCGUGAUCAGAGCACAUGCCGUCAUUGCCUUGGGAAAGCUGUGCUUACAGCACGAGGAUCUCGCCAAGAGGAGCAUCCCAGCCCUGGUGCGUGAGCUGGAGGUGUGCAGCGACAUGGCUGUCCGCAACAACGUCGUCAUCACCAUGUGUGAUCUCUGCAAGCGGUACACGGCUAUGGUGGACAAGUACAUCCCCAACAUCUCUGCGUGUCUGAAGGACUCAGAGCCGUUCAUCCGCAGGCAGACGCUGCUCUUACUCACUGACCUGCUGCAGGAGGACUUCGUGAAGUGGAAGGGCCCCCUGUUCUUCCGGUUUGUCAGCACACUGGUAGACCCAGACUUGGCUAUUGCCAGCACUGGGAAGUUCUGCCUGGCUCAACUGCUGCUGAAGAGGAACCCUGCCAUGUUUUUCCAGCACUUCAAUGAGUGCAUCUUCCACUUCAACAGCUACGAGAAGCAUGAAAAGUACAAUAGAUUUCCCCAGUCGGAGAGAGAAAAGCGGCUAUUUUCGCUGAAGGGGAAGACAAAUAAGGAGAAACGGAUGAAAAUCUACAGUUUCCUCCUGGAACACUUCACAGAUGAGCAGCGGUUCAACAUCACCUCCAAAAUCUGCCUCAGCACACUGGCUUGCUUUGCCGAUGGCAUCCUGCCCCUGGACAUGGAAGCCAGUGAGUUGCUCUCAGACACAUUUGAGGUACUCAGCUCAAAGGAGAUCAAGCUUCUGGCAAUGAGGAAUAAAGUGGAUAAGGACCUGCCCAUGGAAGAGGAGGACCUGGCCCUGGCAAAUGUGGUCCUGCAGGAGGCGCAGAAGAAGCUCAUCUCCCAGGUUCAAAAGAAGAAUCUGAUAGAAAAUAUUAUUCCAGUUAUCAUCUCCCUGAAGACCGUAUUGGAGAAGAAUAAGAGCCCGGCUCUGCGGGAUCUCAUGCACUACCUCAGGGAAGUGAUGCAGGAUUACCGAGCAGAGAUAGAGGAGUUUUUCGCCUCCGAUACCCAGCUGGCCUCGGAGCUAGAAUACGACAUGAAGCAGUACGAGGAACAGGAACAGCUGGAGCAGGAACUGAUUUCAAGUUCAGAAAAAAUACCAGCUCCCACCAGCCUAGAAAGCACCAUGGCUAAUGUGGCUAGCCAGCCGUCCACAUCCAGGCCCCGCACUGCCCACGCACCUGCACCUCUUUCCCUGGACACCAGGCCGCUGAAGAGGCUGAUGCCCAAAGCCAGCCACAGGUCCAUGUCACCAAGCACCAUCGCCAUCCUAAAUUCCGUCAAGAAGGCCGUGGAAUCGAACAGCCAGCACCGCAGCCGCAGCUUGGGGCUGCCACCCUUCACUGUGUGUCCCAAGAGCCUGGGCGAGCCCAGCGAGGGUGCAUCCUCGCAGGACUUGGAGAGGGAGUCCAGUGGAGCUAUUGACCUACUAACUAAACGGGGGAUCAGCACUCCUGAGCGAACCAUCCAGAAUGUCACAUUUGGAACAGGGCUCAGCUGUGUAGGCUCACCCCAGACACCCUUUCCAGUCAAAGGCAAGUCCCUUCCCAACAGACCCACAAGCCGUGUUUGUGAGCUGGGAAGCCUGGGUGCAUGUGAGACUCUGUCAGAGGACAUGGAAGCUCAGGGUCAGCGGGACGUCCUGUGUUUGUCACUGCCCGAUAUGACGCCCCCACAGCCUCCGCAGUGGAACGUGACAUCUCCCGCCAGAGGCAGGGACAAUGCAGCCCCCAGGAGGUCACGCCGCAAGGCCCCCCUGAAAACGGCCAACUGACCACCACGUCCCUCACCCAGGAUGCGUCCACUAUGAGCACCAGAGCUCACCUGUGUUCUCAGCUGCCAGCUGUUCACCUGUAUAGCUCGCCAACCUUUUCAAUUGUAUGAAAUAUCUGGUUAAAAAUUGUAAAAUACUAGAGAAAUGCCUUAUUCAUUUAAUAGUAUAACUACUCCAUUGAAAGAAGUCCACAAGCUCUACAUGGCUCACAGGGCCCUGCUGAGGGCCCAAGCCCUGGCCUGAGAACUUCCACGUGCUACAGUUGCAGCAAAAAAAAAAAAAUUGGGUCCAUUGGUAUAAACUAGAUCCUACUCCUUAGGGAACACAACUUAAUACUGCAGCUCUCUCAUAUAAUCAAGCUUCUCUUAUCUGGUUUCGGUUUCCUAUGUACAUAGUUGCCCAUAUCUGAUGUCAAAAUCUUGAUUGUAUAUUUUUUGUAUUCAUAUUUAUAAAUUGCAGAUUUUUUAAAGCUUCUUCAGAUGAAUAAAGGUUGACAUAAGCAUAA